UGUCCCAUCAUCCUUUGCGGGUAAACAGACAUGGCUGGUGAGGGAGAUCCGGGGGACGCUGCGCACAACAUGGGCAACCACCUGCCGCUCUUGCCUGCAGAGAAUGAGGAAGAAGAUGAAAUUGAAAUGGAAGUUGAGGACCAGGAUAGCAAAGAAGCCAAAAAACCAAAUGUCAUAAAUUUUGACACCAGUCUGCCAACAUCACAUACAAGCUCUUUGUCAAUCGACACACUUCAUGCAAGCAAGGAGAAAUGUGAGGAACUCAGUGUGAUAUCUUGUUUCAGAAUCCAGCAAGCUAAAGUGCAAAUUCUUCCUGAAUGUGUGUUGCCUUCAACCAUGUCUGCAGUUCAGUUAGAAUCCCUCAAUAAAUGCCAGAUAUUUCCUUCAAAACCUGUCUCAUGGGAAGACCAGUGUUCCUAUAAAUGGUGGCAGAAAUACCAGAAGAGAAAGUUUCAUUGUGCAAAUUUGACUUCAUGGCCUCGCUGGCUAUAUUCCUUAUAUGAUGCCGAAACCUUAAUGGAUAGAAUCAAGAAACAGCUACGUGAAUGGGAUGAAAAUCUAAAAGAUGAUUCUCUUCCUUCAAAUCCAAUAGAUUUUUCUUACAGAGUAGCUGCUUGUCUUCCUAUUGAUGAUGUAUUAAGAAUUCAGCUCCUUAAAAUUGGUAGUGCUAUCCAACGACUUCGCUGUGAAUUAGACAUUAUGAAUAAAUGUACUUCCCUUUGCUGUAAACAGUGUCAAGAAACAGAAAUAACAACCAAAAAUGAAAUAUUCAGUUUAUCCUUAUGUGGGCCAAUGGCAGCAUAUGUGAACCCUCAUGGAUAUGUGCAUGAGACGCUUACCGUGUAUAAGGCUUGCAACUUGAAUCUGAUAGGCCGGCCUUCUACAGAGCACAGCUGGUUUCCUGGGUAUGCCUGGACUAUUGCCCAAUGUAGGAUCUGUGCAAGCCACAUUGGAUGGAAAUUUACAGCCACCAAAAAAGACAUGUCGCCUCAAAAAUUUUGGGGUUUAACUCGAUCUGCUCUGUUGCCCACAAUCCCAGACACUGAAGAUGAAUUAAGUCCAGACAAAGUAAUACUUUGCUUGUAAACAAAUACGGUAGGGAUAGAGUUAUCUAACAAUUUGGUAUUCUAAAAUCAUAGCCUCUGAUACAUACCUAAGUAAAUACAACAUGGAGGGUUAAAGUUUCUUAGUCAAACUGUAUAUGAAGAUUUAAGUUAAAGUAUACUUUGGAGAGGAUGACAAGCAGUCUAGAGUACACAUUUGGUUUCAGGAAUAUCUACUUUAGUAGCUUGGUGCCAUUAUCCUGUGGAAUCUGAUAUGUCUGGUAGUAUGUCUUUUAUAGGACAUGAAGAUACCUUUGAUGAGAUUGUUAGCUG